CAAUUUCUCAACCCCAAAAAUAUAUGCAAAAAAGAGAUGAAUUCCAAAAGAAACUUCAAUGUGAAAGUGAACAAAACUGAGGUAGUAGCAGCAGUGUUGCCAAUGCAAAAAUAUUGGCUACCAUUGUCCAAUCUUGAUUUAUUUUUGCCUCCAGUAGACGUCGGAGUUUUGUUCUGCUAUCUAAAUCCCAUUAUUUCGGAGAAAAUAAAUUUAGAAUAUGGUUCAAUGGUAAAAAUUCUUAAAGAUUCUUUGGCUGAAACAUUAGUUUCUUACUAUGCUUUUUCUGGAGAAAUUGUUGAAAAUUUAGCUGGAGAACCUGAGGUUCUUUGCAAUAAUAGUGGAGUUUAUUUUACUGAAGCUUUUGCUGAUGUUGAGCUCAAGGAGAUUAAUUUUUAUAAUCCAGAUGAAAGUAUUGAGGGAAAACUUUGUAAGAAGAAGCAUGGUGUACUAGCUGUUCAGGUUACACAACUCAAAUGUGGAGGAAUAGUAGUGGGUUGCACAUUUGAUCAUCGAGUAGCUGAUGCAUAUUCAGCCAACUUGUUUCUUGUGUCAUGGUCUGAAUUAGCUCAAUCCAAGCCACUCUCUCAGCUCCCAUCUUUUCGACGAUCAUCCCUUUUUCCUCGACGUCCUGGUUACUAUGAUUCCUCGAUCAAUGACUUAUAUGUACCAAUACCAACCCCACCUCCCACAAAACCUGAAACCGUUAACCCUAACGAUCAAGUCAUAAGUAGAAUUUACUAUGUCACGGGGGAAAAAAUCGGGCACUUACAAUCACUAGCCAAUCAUGACCAGAAAAGUACGAAAUCCCAGAGAUCUAAAAUUGAAUCAUUCAGCGCUUUCCUUUGGAAAACUAUCGCAUGUGGAGUUAAAGAAACAUUGAGUUUCAAGAAUUUUAGGUUUGGUAUCGUGGUUGAUGGUAGGACUAGAUUGAUGAGUAACAGAGAUAAUAAUCAAGACAAGUUGCUAAAAGGGUAUUUUGGUAAUGUUCUCUCCAUCCCAUUUGGAGGGAAAAAAAUUGAGGAGCUAAAAGAGAAGCCGUUGAAUUGGGUGACAAAUGUAGUUCAUGAAUUUCUUGAUAUCGCGAAAACACCAGAACAUUUUCUUGGAUUGAUAGAUUGGGUUGAGGCCCAUCGUCCUGAACCCGUCGUGGCUAAAAUAUAUGCCACCGAAGGUGAUGGGCCCGCCGUGGUAGUGUCAUCUGGGCAACAAUUUCCGGCCAGAAAGAUUAAUUUUGGAUGGGGUGAGCCAGCCUUCGGAUCGUAUCAUUUUCCAUGGGCUGGAAAAUCAGGAUAUGUGAUGCCAAUGCCAAGUCCAAAAGGAAAUGGAGAUUGGAUUGUCUACAUGCAUCUGUUGAAAUGGCAAAUAGAACUUAUUGAGGCUUCUGCAGCCCAUGUGUUUAAACCCGUGACUGCAAAUUAUCUCAACUUGAUUUGAUAAAAGUCCGUCCAGAGUUGCUUUAGCUAUUGGGCCACAUCCAGUUAUCCUAUCUAAGUAGUAUAUAAAGCUUUUUCUAGUUUUAUUUUUUAUCCUGUGAAUAUGCAACAAUGUUACUUAUACGUAUAUUGUUCUUAUUUGAUGUGCUCUUCGAUACGUACAUUAUGUAAAAGUCGUCUCUGGAUGAAAUUAAAGAGAAUAAGAAAGAGAU